CCCUAUUCAUAAAAGGCAUGAUUUUUAAUUGUGCACGCUGUAGAACUUUGACAUUCUACAGUAAUACAAUCUCUUGCCUGCUCCUCUCUAGAAGGACAAGAGUACUAGUCCCUUUAUCUUACAGUGGGAUGGCCGCCGUCAGUGAGUCUGAUUACGAGAGGGCUGUGUCAGCUCUCAAUGGCCUGCAAAGCAACUUCCAGGUCUUAUCUGAGAUGAGGAAGCAGCCUAGAGGCAGAGGGAAGCAUAUAUUCUCAAAGACUCCAGAGUUCCUGUCUAGAGUUGGAAUUGAUGUGACAGAACUUGAUAGUCUGAAUGUGAUUCAUGUUGCUGGUACCAAAGGAAAGGGAUCUGUCUGUGCUAUGUGUGAGAGCAUUUUAAGAGCUCACGGCCUAAAGACAGGAUUUUACAGUUCGCCACACCUCCUAGAGGUGAGGGAGAGGAUAAGAAUCAACGGAGAGCCACUUGGGAAGGACCUUUUUGUGAAUUAUUUCUGGCAGUGCUACGACUCGCUGACAAGAAACAAAGAACUUUACGAGGAGCAAAUGCCAGCAUAUUUUAGGUUUUUAACAUUGUUAGCUUUUAAAGUAUUUUUAAAUGAGAAGGUUGAUGUUGCAGUUGUUGAAGUUGGUAUCGGGGGUAGCUAUGACAGCACUAACGUGAUACAGAGACCAGUGGUAUGUGGUAUAACUAGCCUUGGAUAUGAUCAUGUAGAUGUGCUAGGAAAGACAAUUGAGGAAAUAACUUGGCACAAAACUGGGAUAUGUAAAAGUGGUGUUCCAUUAUUCACGUCAGUACAAUCGGAUGAAUCCUUACAAGUGAUACUCUCACGAGGGAAGGAGCUUCAAGCGUCAUCAGUCGCCAUAGCACCUGCUUCAUCUCUGUACCCUGACAGAGAAAAAUGGAAGAUUGGUAUUGCAGGUGCUCAUCAAUUAGAAAAUGCGUCUUUAGCCGUUCAGCUGUGCAAGCAAUGGCUGAAGAGUAUGUCGAAAUGGAACGAAGGGGAGGAGCCUCUUAAUGAUGCAGAAGGAGAGAGGUGUGGUCUACCUAUUGCUCGACCUUUUUUACUGCCGAGCUCAUUUAUAAAAGGCCUGAGCGAUUGUGUGUGGCCCGGCAGGUGUCAAGUAGUUAAACGAGUGGGUGUGUCUUAUUAUCUUGACGGAGCUCACACUGCCGAGAGUCUAAGAGUGUGUUCCAACUGGUUCUCAGUCUCUUCGAGAAAAGAAGAAGCAGAAAUACAAGGUCCUCUAAUGAAAGUUUUAUUGUUUAAUUUCAGCGGAAGACGAGAAGCGAAAAACCUCAUGAACGAGAUCUAUUCUUUAGGAUUUGACUAUGCUUUGUUUUGUCCGAACAUCACCAGUAAUGAUAUUCAUAGUUCUGAUCAAGCUAAUUAUAAUGUUUCCGUGGCAGACAUGUUAGGACGUUGCUACGACAACGAGAAGGCGUGGCUAAGUCUCCCUGGAGUUUGUCAAAAGACUAAAGUGUUUGAUUGCAUAUCGGAUGCCGUUAAUUGGGUGGGCAGAGUCAGGAAAACUAAUAAAGAAUUAUACGUACAAGUACUAGUGUGUGGCAGCCUGCAUCUUGUGGGCGGAGCUAUGAACGUAUUGGGCGUGACAGUAAUGGGCACUAAUUAGAGUUAUUUAUUACAUUUUUUAUAAUAACAAUUAUUAUAAUGUUACAAAUGAUGAGCUAAUUUGGAAUUAAAA